AUGGCAACACCAAUGGCCCAUUCCAGCGAUGCUGGCUUCAUCAUGUCGGAAGGAGGAGCUACUCCCAGAGGGCGAAAUGGUCAACCCAGUUCCUCUUCAGCUCGUCCACGAGGGCCCCCCUCGGAAAGUCUCGGAGCCGCCAGCGAAGAUGAAGGAGAGGAAGGCUUCGCCGACGACCAGGUCCCCGUUCGCUCGAGACCUCAGAACAUUGCCGACAUUCCCAAGGUCCAAGACAGAAUUGGUGUUAUGGUCCAGAGAGCCUUUGAGGCCUUCAUUGACGGCUACGUCGAAACACCCACAUCGUCCGGCCAACCAACCUCGAGCGCAGUCACGACAGACAAGUACUACGUCGCCCAGAUCCACGGCAUGAAGACCUACUCGUUAUCCACCUUCUAUGUCGACUACAAGCACAUCGCCUCGUGGCAAGACGGUACUCUCGCCGAGGCCAUCACAAACUCGUACUACCGCUUCCUUCCCUUCCUCACAGCCGCCCUUCACAGCCGAAUCGCCGCCUACGAACCCCAAUACUUUAACGAACAUCGUCAGCCCACCGCGUCCAGCGCCCACUCCACGACAGCUUCCAGCACGCGAGGCGCCAACGCCAGCCAGUCCGACUUUGGCAUCAAGAACCCCAACCAACAAACCGACAAGCUCUUCGCCAUUGCCUUUUACAACCUGCCCCUCGUCUCGCGUGUGCGCUCCAUGCGCGCCCGAAACGUCGGCCAGCUUCUUGCGAUUAGCGGCACCGUUACCCGUACCUCGGAAGUCCGUCCCGAGCUGGCUCUGGCCACUUUCGUCUGCCAGGCCUGCCGCACCGUCGUUCCCAAUGUCGAGCAGACUUUCCGUUAUACCGAACCGACGCAAUGUCCCAACCUGACGUGCCAGAACCGCACGGCGUGGCAGCUGGAUAUCAGGCAGAGCACGUUUGUGGAUUGGCAAAAGGUGCGCGUGCAAGAGAACAGUAGCGAGAUUCCCACGGGAAGCAUGCCCAGAACUAUGGAUGUGAUUCUGCGUGGUGAACUGGUGGAUCGCGCAAAGGCUGGCGAGAAGUGCAUCUUUACCGGUGCGCUGAUCGUGGUGCCCGAUGUCAGUCAGUUGGGUCUGCCGGGUGUGAGGAACGUGUCGGUGCGUGAUGAUCGGGGCGCGGAUGCUGGUGGUAGCGGUGUUUCUGGUCUCAAGGCCUUGGGUGUGCGCGAUCUUACAUACCGUUUGGCGUUCCUGGCUUGCAUGGUUACGCCUGAUGUGUCGGCGAUUGGCGCUUCUGGCGAUGCCCUGCUGAUGGAUAUCGUUGGGACCCUCAACAGCAGCGCGGCCGCAGAGACAGCAGAGACCAUCAAGGAAGCCCAGGAAGCAUUGCUAAGCUCCUACACACCCGCUGAGAUGGAAGACCUCCGUGCCAUGGUGCACAGCGACCACAUCUACUCGCGCUUGGUACAGUCUCUGGCACCCACAGUCUACGGCCACGAAGUCGUCAAGAAGGGUCUCCUUCUCCAGCUCUUGUCCGGUGUCAGCAAAACCACCGCCGAAGGCAUGGCCCUCCGUGGCGACAUCAACAUCUGCAUCGUCGGCGACCCCUCAACCUCCAAAUCCCAGUUCCUCAAAUACGUCGUCAACUUCGCUCCCCGAGCAGUCUACACCUCCGGCAAGGCCUCUUCGGCCGCUGGUCUCACAGCCGCCGUAGUCAAGGACGAAGAAACCGGUGAAUUCACCAUCGAAGCCGGUGCCCUCAUGCUCGCCGACAACGGCAUCUGCUGUAUCGAUGAGUUUGACAAGAUGGACAUCGCCGACCAAGUCGCCAUCCACGAAGCCAUGGAACAACAGACCAUCUCCAUCGCCAAGGCUGGUAUUCAGGCCACGCUUAAUGCCAGAACGUCGAUUUUGGCCGCCGCCAACCCCGUCGGUGGCCGUUACAACCGCAAGACCACCCUGCGCGCCAACAUCAACAUGUCGGCGCCCAUCAUGUCCCGUUUCGAUUUGUUCUUCGUCAUCCUAGACGAAUGCAACGAGCAAGUCGACCGUCAUUUGGCAGAACACAUCGUCGGCCUCCACCAGAACCGCGACCAAGCCAUCGAGCCUGAAUUCUCCACCGAGCAGCUCCAGCGGUACAUCCGCUUCGCAAGGACCUUCCGUCCGGAAUUUACCGACGAAGCGAAAGAAAUCCUCGUGCAGCGCUACAAGGACCUCCGCGCCGAUGAUUCCCAGGGCGGCAUCGGCAAGAAUUCUUACAGAAUCACCGUCCGUCAGCUGGAGAGUAUGAUUCGUUUGUCGGAAGCCAUCGCCAAGGCCAACUGCGUGGAGGAAAUCACGCCCGAGUUUGUCAAUGAAGCCUUCCACUUGCUUCGCCAAUCUAUCAUUUCGGUAGAGCACGACGACGUGGAAGUUGACGAUGAGGAAGACAUCCCUGAACCACCCGCCGAUGACCCUGCCGCCCUUCAACAGGCCGCCGCUGCUGCGUCGCGUGUGCCGGAAGCUGAUAUGGACGGUGACGGUGACGUGGAUAUGGCUGGUGGUAAUGAUGCCCGUCAAGCUUCUGCUGCACCAUCCGCUGCUGCCUCGCAAGCGCGUGAGAGGCAGACGAUUUCGUAUGACAAGUAUAUUUCCAUCGUGAACAUGAUCGUCUCCAAGGUCGCUGAAGACGAGACGCAAGGAUCAGGAGAGGGUAUUGAGGGAGAGCAACUGGUUGAGUGGUAUUUGGAGCAGAAGGAGGAGGAGAUGGGUACGGAAGAGGAGUAUUUGGAGGAGAGGAGGUUGGUGACGAAGGUUUUGAAGAGGAUGGUCAAGGACAACAUCCUAAUGGCCAUCCGCGGCCAAGGAAUCGUCGGCGACGAAGGCACCGCUGGAGAAGGUACCUCGGCGAGAGCAGAGGGCAACAUUGUUUAUGUGUUGCAUCCUAACUGCGCUGUGGAGGAGUUCUAA